CCCGCGAUGAGCCGGGCUUGCAACACGGAGCCCUGCCCACCCAGGUGGCACACAGGCUCCUGGGGGCCCUGCUCAGCGACCUGCGGUGUUGGGAUCCAGACCCGAGAGGUGCACUGCCUGUCCCCGGGGGAGUCCCCGGUCCCCGCCGAGGAAUGCAGGGACGACAAGCCCCAUGCUCUACAAGCCUGCAAUCAGUUUGAUUGCCCUCCUAGCUGGCAUAUUGAAGAAUGGCAACAGUGUUCCCGGACCUGCGGCGGAGGCACUCAGAACCGAAGGGUCACCUGCCGGCAGCUCUUGACCGAUGGCAGCUUCUUGAGUCUCUCGGAUGAGUUGUGCCAAGGACCCAAGGCGUCUUCUCACAAGUCCUGCGCCCGAGUAGACUGCCCUCCACAUUUGACGGUGGGAGACUGGUCCAAGUGUUCUGUCAGCUGUGGGAUCGGGACCCAGCGAAGAAAGCAGGUGUGUCAGAGGCUGACAGCCAAGGGCCGGCGCGUUCCCGUCAGCGGGACGAUGUGCGGAGACCUCCCGGGGCCCCCUCUCGUAAGAUCUUGCCAGAUGCCCGCCUGCAGUGGAAAAGCAGACCAAGCAGAGCUCAGAACUGCGCUAAGCAGCAGCCAGUGUAAGGUUGAACAUGGGAUCCAGGUCCAAGGAAAGUCAGUGCUGAGAAAUGUCCACCCAACUUGACAGACAGCGUCCGCUCUGUUUCCUCACUUGGAUUUGUACUCCCUUCUUCCUUCGCUUGACCACGAUUUCUUCUGCUUCAGUUAAUUCACGAGUAUUCCUUGUAGAAGUGAAGCCAGACUACGCUCUGGUUUCCUUCACUGAGGAUGCAUUUGGAUCCAUUCUAGGAAGAGUGGAAGAGCUAAGUAUGUUUCUUCAAGUACCUGUUCGUACAUAUACAGUGGAACCUUGGACCACGAGUAACGGGUUCUGUAAGUGUUCUGCAAGACGAGCAGACGUUUCUAAUAAAUUGUAACUUGAUCAA